AAAGAGAGUGAGUUAGUGUGGAGCUGGGGGCCAAGCGGAGCAGGAAGAACAGCCCAGGGAAGGUGCAGGGGACGGCUAUGGAAUGAGGGUUGGGUCAUCCAGGUGAGCUGAGGCAGGUAAGAGCAGGAAGAGAGAAAGCAAGAAGCUGACAGUCACACAGUUUAAACAUAGCACUGAACCCGGGACAAUUUACUCCAGACACUGGCACCAUUCAUUCUGUAUUCAGCAUUUGCCCAGAAUAAUCAGGAGACUGGGGCAACCUGAGAGCACCGUCCAUGCCACAAGCACCUGUGAAAUAAACUAAGGACUUCAAAGCAACCACACAAAGCUCCAAGUGUCACCGACAGAUAAACCCUUUGAAGUAGGGUGCCAAGUGCUGCAAGGGUGCAAAACCAGGGCAUUUCCGACUUCUGUGACAUUUUAAAGAGUCUGGCAAUGAGGGGCAAGAAGGCAUGACACCCAUUUGCCCCAUAAGGAGUUCCUGUAGGAGAUUCUCUUCCCGGAUUAAUUAAUACUGACACCACGGUGCCAAGCCAGGCGCGCAGAAGGUGGGCAGCCGCAAUGAGGGGUCCCCCGCUUCCCCUGAAGAUGCUGAAUAAGCACAUGUGGCUGAUGAUGGUUGGACUGAUUGUCAUCCUGGGAUUCCUAAUGGUGUUCCUGCAGCUCUCAACGUCUUCUGAUGGCAACCCCAUGAACAGAAGAUACAGUAGUUGGAGUGAGCUCGGCAAAGCUCUGGCACACAAGAAUAUUCCGGCCCUGCAUCCAAAUUUAGAGUUCUACAAGCCUCCAAAAUCCAACCCAGAGUUUAUAGGUCAGGCCAAUCUGCAUGUCUUUGAGGACUGGUGUGGGAGCAGCAUACAGCAACUGCGUCGGAAUCUGCACUUUCCCCUGUACCCCCAUGUGCGCACUACUGUCAGCAAGCUCGCUGUCACCCCCCAGUGGACAAAUUAUGGACUGCGCAUAUUUGGCUAUUUGCAGCCAGCCACAGAAGGAGAAUAUCAGUUUGCUGUGUCUUCUGAUGACAAUGCAGAGUUUUGGCUGAGCAAGGACCACACGGUUGAAAAACUGACUCUUAUGUGCAGAGUCGGCCCGACAGGGAAACAAUGGACGGCCCCAGGAGAGUUUGGAAAAUUCCAGGACCAGGUGUCUAUAGCAGUAAGGUUGUCACCAACAAUAAAGUAUUAUUUUGAGCUGUUGCACAAACAGGACGACGCGGGAACAGACCAUGUGGAAGUGGUGUGGCGUCUCACAGGGUUCAGCUCUCAGUUUAUGGUGAUAGACUCCCAGUUCCUGUCUCUUUUCUCCAAUGACACUGGGGAUUCCUUGGGUGACACUUCGCAAAUUCCAGUCUCCGCUGCCAGCUUUCACAGUGAAGGUUAUGAGCAGCACCCGGCGGAUAUGCUGAAACCUGACCGGAGGGAUGAAUUUUAUAAAGUUCCACUAAUAACAAAAAGCCGAAUACACAAUGUCUUGCCUACCUGCUCCUACAAGCCCAGUUACUUGGUGGAAGGAUACCCUCUUCAGCGCUACCAGGGACUCCAAUUUGUUCACUUGACCUAUGUGUAUCCCAAUGAUUACACACGUCUCACCCACAUGGAGAAGGACAACCAGUGCAUCUAUCAAGAGAACACAAGACGUUCCAACAGAUUUACAUAUAAAAGAUACAUGAAAAUGGACCAACAAGAACCGAAACUCAGCAUUCAGCCAGGCAUGUUGGAAGAUUAUAACCCUUCAGAUUUUGAAUAUGAGGAGGCACAAGAGGAAGAAUCUGAAAACAGAGGUGAUAUGCCCCGAAAGAACAGUCUGCAACAUCAAAGAAAACUUCUUUUUCUUAUAAGUGAAAAAGAACCAGAGAUAUCCAAGGGGUCCGAGGCAGGACCUGGCAGGAGACCCAACUCUGUGCCUAUCACUGUAUCUGAUGUUCAAGAUAGGGUUACCCUCGAUGUACAAGACAAGAUCAUACCAGAUGUGGACAAUGCAAGAACCUCCACGAAGCUUAGCGUGCAAUUGCAGGUUACCAAAACUUCAUCCAAGGUCCAGCAACCAAUAGCAGCAGAGUACAGAGACAGAAAAAAUCAACUAGGGUGGCGUAGGAUAAAGGACAACCAGAUCAAUUUAGGAGAAAGAGCUGGAGGAAAGGCAAAAAUGAUGCGUUCUACUGGAAGUACUACUAAGGCAAUAAAUCAAAAGAAAGUAAAAAUGGGCAAAAAGAGAGGUCAAAUUUAUCAAAAGGAGCAGAUAUCAGUAACAGCUAUGCCCAACAAGAAGUCAAAAUUGCAGGAUAAGCUUAACAGCAAACAUAUGAGGCCAUAUGAGCCCAAAGAACAGACUCAAGCAUGGACUAAUCUACCUAAAGUGGAAAUGCAUGAAUACAGCAGGGAAGAGAGACCAAAAUUCCAGACUAUAAUGCGUUUGCAAAGGGAGACUGAGGCACAACUUGGCAAUGUAAAAAGACUUGGAUCAAACUUGGAUAAUGGGAAGAUACAGAUAACCUAUGAGACUGGGAAUCCUGUACCUGAACAGGAAAAGGAGGAAAAGCAAAUGCCUGAACCUGUUAAUGUUCUGCAGUUUGGACGCUUUGACCCAAGAGUCAACAGACCAGAUCUACAGGUUCAGCCUGUUGAAGAUCACAAAAAUGAAAUUGAACUUCCUAUGCCUCAACUCGAACAGAAGGAGGGUCAAAACCCUGAAUCUAUUGAUACUGGCAUAUUGGGACGCUUUGACCCGAGAGUUAAAAGACCAAACUUUGAACAAGCUGAAGAGCAGAACAAUGUAGGAGAUAUCCCAGCUGAUGAGGUAAGAUCGGAAAAUGUUGAGUAUGAAGAUGAUGAUCCAGAGGAAGAAGAAGAGGAGGAGGAUGUGGAGUACCCAUGGAUUUAUGAGCAGCCAGUAAACUGGAAUCAGACAUUCAAUUUUGGUCAGACGGAUUUCCAAAUUGUUCGGCCAGACUCGAUCGAUCUUCAGUGCAACACAUCUGGCAACUUGUUGCUCCGAGAGAGAGAGGUCUUUGGGGUGGUGGCAGCAUUUAUGAGGAAACUCAACCAAAAGUAUCGAGGGAUGUAUCAGCUCCAGAAUAUUAUAAACGUGGAAAAACGGCGGGAUUACCUUCAUGGCAGUCGUUACUUUCUGGAGCUAGAGUUAAAAGCCCGGCAUGGCCAUAUUCAACGAUUUGCUCACUAUGUCUAUGCUCCUGAAUGGCAGGGCAUCUUCUCUGAGGAUAACGAGCAAGAGAGAGCAAUGAAAAACAUGAUGUGGGGGUCCUACCGGCGGCUGCUGGGUGCCACGUGGGAACCCGAUUUGUGUUGGCCAAGUGGCCUCAACUGGAACCCUCAGGCUACUGUGCAUUUCAUAGUGCCAAUUAAGAACCAAGCCCGUUGGGUGCAAAAAUUUAUCAGGGACAUGGAGAUCCUAUACCAGGCCACGUUAGACUCCCGAUUCAAUGUCAUUAUUGUGGACUUCAACAGCACAGACCUCGAUGUGGAAGCUGCCCUGAGACAGUCGCACGUUCCCAGUUACCAAUACGUAAAGCUGCAGGGGAGCUUUGAGCGUUCUGCUGGGCUGCAGGCUGGAAUUGAUAUAGUGAAGAACCCGCACAGCAUCCUGUUCCUUUGUGACCUACACAUGCACUUCCCUCCAUCCAUCAUUGACUCCAUGCGCACGCACUGCGUGGAAGGGAAGAUGGUCUUCGCUCCUAUUGUGGUACGGCUGAACUGUGGCGCAACACCCCGUUGGCCUGAGGGUUACUGGGAGGUGAACGGAUUUGGUCUACUGGGAAUCUACAAGUCUGACUUGGAUCGCAUUGGGGGGAUGAACACACAGGAAUUCAAGGAACGAUGGGGUGGAGAGGACUGGGAACUGCUGGACAGGAUCAUCCAGGCUGGUCUGGAAGUGGAGCGUGUGGCUGUGAGAAACUUCUACCACCAUUACCAUUCCAAGCGUGGCAUGUGGAACCGACGACAGGCCUCAAACUGAAGAUGAAAAACAGACAUCGGGGACUGGAAAACAUCUUCUGUUUGGGGUCAUCAUGUGCCCCCAACCCUGCUGCUUCCAGGAGCACACAGGAACCUUCUGGAUAACGUCACCAAAAUCCAGAACAGUGGAGCACACGUUGAACAGGUCAUACUCAUUUAGUGGCCUUAUCGUAUAAAAGGUGUACACUGCCUAUGGAUAUAUCCGGAUAAUGACAUUCUGUGUAACUUUUUAUAUUCUGGAAUGCCCUAUAGGCAUCUCUGGAUAGGAAAAAUGGAGACACUAUUGUAGGAAUACUGCCCUACGAUGGGGUAUCUCCUGUGGCAUUAUGGAAGGAGAAUUGUGCCUCUUAUAUGGACAAUAAGGAAUCUGGCUCUUGAGUGUUCAAAGUGUUAGUUGAACCCUGAGGUGUAAGAAGGGGUAACUAUUCUACCAAACCGGUGGGUAUAGUGACUGCCCAAUGCAGGUAUACAAGAGAAGUGUGAGAAGAAGAUACCUAGAACAGAUUUGCAGAUUGUGGCAAAUAUUCCGCCAGUCGGUGCCGCCAGUAGUGGUAGAAAGAUCUUGGGCAAUACAGACUGUGCUACAUUAUUUAUAUAAAAGAGGACUGUUCUUUUCCCACAGCCUUCAGUACCUGAGACAACAUGUAGGCCUUAGAGAAUUUAUUAUUAUUUUUUAUAAAUGCUGAGUAAGACUUAGUUCUUAUGUCUACGUUAAGCACAUUUCUAGUGUAUUGUAAUUAUUUGCCAAUAAGCACUGUUACAAUGAGAAGUUUUCUCCUUCUCUCUGCUCCAAUCGGAAGUUGUCUCCUUCUCUCUGCUCCAAUGAGACGUUUUCUCCUUCUCUCUGCUCCAAUGGGAAGUUGUCUCCUUCUCUCUGCUCCAAUGAGACGUUUUCUCCUUCUCUCUGCUCCAAUAGGAAGUUGUCUCCUUCUCUCUGCUCCAAUGAGACGUUUUCUCCUUCUCUCUGCUCCAAUAGGAAGUUGUCUCCUUCUCUCUGCUCCAAUGAGACGUUGUCUCCUUGUCUCUGCUCCAAUGAGAGGUUUUCUCCUUCUCUCUGCUCCAAUGAGACGUUUUCUCCUUCUCUCUGCUCCAAUGAGACGUUUUCUCCUUCUCUCUGCUCCAAUGAGACGUUUUCUCCUUCUCUCUGCUCCAAUGAGACGUUUUCUCCUUCUCUCUGCUCCAAUGCGAAGUUUCCUCCUUCUCUCUGCUCCAGUGAGGAGUUUUCUUCUUCUCUGCCCCAAUGAUAAGUUGUCUCCUUCUCUCUGCUCCAAUGAGACGUUGUCUCCUUGUCUCUGCUCCAAUGAGAGGUUUUCUCCUUCUCUCUGCUCCAAUGAGACGUUUUCUCAUUCUCUCUGCUCCAAUGAGACGUUUUCUCCUUCUCUCUGCUCCAAUGAGACGUUUUCUCCUUCUCUCUGCUCCAAUGAGACGUUUUCUCCUUCUCUCUGCUCCAAUGCGAAGUUUCCUCCUUCUCACUGCUCCAGUGAGAAGUUUUCUCCUCUUUGCUCCAUUGAGGAGUUUCCUCCUUCUCACUGCUCCAGUGAGAAGUUUUCUCCUUCUCUCUGCUCCAAUGAGGAGUUUUCUUCUUCUCUGCCCCAAUGAGAAGUUGUCUCCUUCUCUCUGCUCCAAUGAGAAGUUUUCUCCUUCUCUCUGCUCCAAUGAGGAGUUUUCGUCUUCUCUGCCCCAAUGAGAAGUUGUCUCCUUCUCUCUGCUCCAAUGAGAAGUUGUCUCCUUCUCUCUGCUCCAAUGAGAAGUUUUCUUCUUCACUCUACUCCAAUGAGAAGUUUUCUCCUUCUCUCUGCUCCAAUGAGGAGUUUCCUCCUUCUCACUGCUCCAGUGAGAAGUUUUCUCCUUCUCUCUGCUCCAAUGAGAAGUUUUCUUCUUCUCUCUACUCCAGUGAGAAGUUGUCUCCUUCUCUUUGCUCCAAUGAGAGAGUAUUUCUUUAAUAGCCCCAGACCCAGGUCAGAACCGCUUGCUAUUGCCCUUUAUGUUAACCCCUGAAAGCCCAGUGCUUAUUGGGAGCUCAUUGCUCAGACUGCCUAAUUAUGUGUCUUUUUUAUACUUAGUUUUAAUGAAGGAGUUUGGUAAGUUGAGUAUUAGGUAUCAGGACAGGUAGGUGUGUGUUGCUAUAGAUGUGUGUUGCCUAUUGCCAUCAUUCUGUCCCAAUAGUCCUAAUAGAGAGUUUACAUUUGCUUAACCCAUAAUUAUUCCAGUGCAUUGUGGUUCCCAAUCAGUGAAGGCUAAAACAUGCCUACAUAUAAGGGCCGCCUCCUAUAACCAAUGUUACAGGCCCCACCCACCUACCCAUCAACUGUAUCAAACCCCACCCCCUGAUUUUUUUAACUGAAGGCAAAACAUACCUACCUAUAACAAGCACCUCUUAUAUACUUGUUUAAGUCUCCACCCACUUACCCAGCAUUCUUUUUGAAUGAAAUUAAGCUAAUGAUUCCCUAUAUUCUCAACGAUGUAAACAGAAUGGGUGUAAUUAUAGGGGGAGAAACCCCUACAGCCACAAGGGGCCCCAGAGACCCCAGUAAGAACUCCUCCCCCUUCUUCUCUUACUCUUACUAUGUCCCAUCAUUCCCUGUUCCUGGGGAGCAGGACUGUGAUUGGCCUGUGGGUGUGGGUGGCAGGGUAGCCCAGAGCUGUGGGUUGCUGGCAGGUCCAGACUGGGAUUAAAGUAAUGCCCUGGCCCUAAUAGCCCCCCACAAACCCACUAAAUAGUGACUGUCUAUGGCAUCUUAUAGCAGCCCCUUAGGGUGUGUUACUGGGCAUUACUGGGUGUGUUACUGGGCAUUACUGGGUGUGUUACUGGGAUAUUUAUUUAUUUUAUAUGUUACAGACAUUCUCAGUGUGAAGGAUCCAGCGUUCUCAUUUUUUAAAAUACAAAUGUGACAAAUAAAGUGCACUUUUACCCUUUA